UAAGGUCCCCUCCCUGCGCGGGCCGGAAGCGGAAGUCGCUCGCGCGCGGCAGUGGGCGGGGCGGGUCGCCUGGGUCCCCGCCGCGAGCCCGGCCCGGCCCGGGGAUGUCGGCCACACUGGAUCUGAAGUCGAAGGAGGAGAAGGAUGCGGAGCUAGACAAGCGCAUCGAGGCGCUGCGCAAGAAGAACGAGGCCCUCAUCAAGCGCUACCAGGAGAUCGAGGAGGACCGGAAGAAAGCGGAGCAGGAGGGCAUCGCGGUGACGGCUCUGCGCCGGGUGCGGCCUACCGAGGGCGAGCCUGAGCGGAAAUGGGUGGACAAGGAUCUCUCCAUCACUGUCCAGGUCAUGCUCUCCCCUGGGGAGAGGCGUGUGGUCAGCGACAGGAAGUCUCCUGGCGCCAAGUCCGGCCGCAGCGGCGCUCCGCGUGGCUCGGGGCGUGCAGGCCUGCGUCCCUCCAGCCGGUCCCCGCGGGUGGAGCCUCCCAGUGACCCUGUCUGGGAAGGGACUGGAGGGGACGGCACGUCCCUGGGAGAGCGCGGCGGACGUGGCCGCCGGUCACGGGGCCAGGGGGCGGCCGGUCUGGCAACGGCGGGAGAUGCUGGCCCCGACAGGAAGUCCAAGGAGUGGGAAGAGCGGAGGCGCCAGAACAUUGAGAAGAUGAACGAGGAGAUGGAGAAGAUCGCGGAGUACGAACGAAACCAGCGGGACGGGCUGCAUGAGAAGAACCCAGUGCGCAACUUCCUGGAUGACCCGCGGCGCAGCGGCCCCUUCCAGGACGCUGACCGCAAGGAGGGGAGCAGGCGGCACAUCCGCAACUGGGGAGGGGCAGACUUCGACAAGGUCAAGACGGGCAUGGAGCGCGAGAAGGCCUGGCAGGGCCCUGGACGCCGGUCUGGCCCGAAGCCCGGGGGGACGCUGGACAUGACGCUGUCCAUGACGGGCCGCGAGCGAGCGGAGUAUGUGCGCUGGAAGAAGGAGCGGGAGCAGAUAGACCAGGAGCGCCUGGCGCGUCACCGCAAACCCACGGGCCAGUGGCGCCGGGAGUGGGAUGCCGAGAAAACAGACACGAUGUUCAAGGAGGGCUCUGUGGCAGCACGAGGCCUGGAAGGGGGCAGCAGACAGGAUGAGAACAAGCGCCCGCCCAAGCCGCCUACCUUCGGGGAGUUCCUGUCCCCGCAUCGCACAGAGCGGAGAAGAAAGGGACGGAGCCAGGGAACGGGGGCCAAGUCUUACAGUAUGCAUGACAACCGCUGGGAGGAGAAGGAGCCGCUGGCAGCAGCAGCAAGAGUUGAAGGCCUGGGGCAGAAGGUGGAUGAACUGGCAAGUGCAGCCUUCCCAGAGCCUCAGCCUUCCCUGAACCCUGAGGAAGAUGAGGACCAGUGGGAGGAUGUCAGUGAGGAGGAGGAAGACAGCCCUGGGUCAUCGGGCGAGGAUGAAGCACCCCCCAGCGCAUCCCCCAAAGCCCAGCGUCCCCUGAAGGCUGGGCAGGCCGUGGCUCCCAGGCUGCGCAUGCCCCCUGUGGUGCCCGGCCCUGGCGAGGGGGCAAGCAAGUCCCUGAGCCCCUUCUCCCCCGUGGAGGGCCACCAGCCUGUCUCGGACUGGGGCGAGGAGAUGGACCUGGCCUCUCCCCGCAGCAGCCUGGGGGACAGCCCCUCGCCAGGCCCCUCUGCCCCCCCAGCCCAGUUGAGAGGGGCAUCCGGAGAGACUGCAGCACCGAGCUCCGUGGAGCUGGCCGAGGCGCCCCGGGGGGUGCAGAACCCUGCAGAGCUCCUGCAGCAGGAGGAAGCAAGGUCAGCCACAGAGCAGGAGGCCUUGGGAGAUUCAGAGAAGCUGGAAGAGGUGGCCAGGAGCCCCCCAACUGCCCCAGAGGAUGAGACACAAGGUGGACCCCAGGCUUUGCCCCAUGAGCAAGAUGCAGAGGCUGCUCCUGGCACGGUGGAAAUCACAGACUUUGAGCGGGAUGGCAAAGCGCCCUGACGUGCUGGAGCGGCCCUCUGUUACCUGGGUUGCUCCCGCUGUGACUCCUACAGCUUUCUAGAGACUGAGCCGGGGCAGCUCCUCCACUGCUGGCGGGAAACAUAUUUUGGGAAUAACCCACCUGCGCUGUGGUGGGGUUGGACUUCCUUUGCCUGUGGGGGGGGUGUGUGUCUGUCCCUGGAUCUGUUCUGCACCUAAGGGGAGGUGUGCCAAGCCCAGCACGGGGGGGACGCAUGCAGCAGCACCCGUGUCUGCCCUGCGAAAGUGAACGCUGGUAGUAGUAACGUAGUGCGGAGGUGGCCGUGUGUGCAGGGAGGGUCUGUGCCAGGGCGUGAGCUGAGGGUGUGCAGAGGCUCCCGGGCUUCGGCCCCGACCUCCCCUCCCCUUCCCCCCCCCCCCCACAGCUGCCCCCUCCCUGCCACAGAGGCCCCAGGUGGUGCUGCUUCAGCCCUGGGUAAGAGCCCUGGAGGGCAUGGAGGAGGCCUUUGCCCCUUCCCAUACCCUUGGUGCUGCAGGGGGCUGGUCCCGUGGGGGCCAUCUCAUCCCGCAUCAGCGACAACGGGGUCUUUAUAAAAUAAACCUCCAAAACGUC